CAAAUGGAGCCUCUUGAUUCCCAUACUCUUAAUAUUUAUUUUAGUAGCAAGUUAUUAUUUCAAGAAUUUUGGGAAACUUCAGGGGAAGUUCAUCAAGCAAAACCCAAAAAUGCAAAAGUGUCUCAGUGUUUUUCACACCAAUGGAAGCCUGACCAGUGAUCUCCAAUGGGAAUUGGCACAUUGCAAACUGAAUAAGAGAUUCAAUGAAACUGACAAUAAAAAGUCUUGUUUGAAACAAAGACACAUUCACAAGCUCAGCAACCAGUUUCUCUUCUUUGGAGACUCCACAGUGAGGGCAAAGGCAAUUGCCCUGGCAAAAUUCUUCAAUAUUUUUCAGAAACCCUGCUCUACUGAGAACUGCGAUUUCAGCAUGGUCCCAAAACUGCAUUGGGAAGAUGAAGCAUCUUCCACUAAAAUUGACUUUCUCAUGAACCCCUACUUCAACCCAUACUUGGAGAGCCUUCAAGUGUUGUCCAAGUAUGAGGACAAGGUGGUCAUUUGGUCCAGCUGGGCCAUGUUCUUCCAGCAGCUGGAAUCCAAGGGCCUUGGGAACAUCAUGCCUGAUGGUCGCCAUGUGAAAGAAGAAUUUCAGCUCCCUGGGAUGCAACCCCUGUUGAACUUUUUGUGCAACCCAGUGGAUCCAAGGGCCCACUCCUUCGAGGUUCAAGGCAAGUUACAAAAAAUUCAAUGGGACAGCCAAUUUUCAGAACCACCAGACAGCGGAGCCCUCCUCAAGUGCGGGGCCCCCUCAAUCGCGGGGCCUGGGGCAGCUGCCCCUCUCACCCCACCCUAA